AUGUCUUCUGCAGCCGUCUUCCGCAACUCUGCCGUGCGCUCUGCUCUCAGAGCCAGCGCUCCCUCUGCCACCAAGCGUGCAGCUGUUGCCAGCACCACCUUUACCCGCGGCAAGGCCACUCUUCCCGACCUGCCNUUCGGCCAGAUCAUGGAGCUUCACCACUCCAAGCACCACAACACCUACGUGACCUCGUUCAACACGGCCUCUGAGAAGAUGGAGGAGGCUCGCGCAAAGAACGACAUCCAGACCCAGAUUGCUACCCAGCCUCUGAUCAACUUCCACGGCGGCGGUCACGUCAACCACACUCUCUUCUGGGAGAACCUCGCACCCAAGUCGCAGGGUGGUGGUGAUCCUCCAUCAGGCGCCCUCUCCAAGGCCAUCGACUCUCACUACGGUAGUCUCGAUGCCAUGAAGCAAAAGUUCAACGCCGCUCUGGCUGGUAUCCAGGGCUCUGGCUGGGCUUGGCUGGUCCAAGAUACCCAGACUGGUGCCAUCCAGAUCAGAACCUACGCAAACCAGGACCCCGUCGUCGGCCAGUUCAGACCCAUCCUCGGUGUUGACGCUUGGGAGCACGCCUACUACCUCCAGUACCAGAACAAGAAGGCCGAGUACUUCAACGCCAUCUGGGAUGUCAUUAACUGGAAGGCCGCCGAGAAGCGCUUCAAGUAG